AAAAAAAUGUUUCGUACAGGUCAAUUUGACAGAGGAGUAAUUUGCAAUUACUGCAAGAAGUCCGGACACUUGCUCAAAGAUUGUAGAAAGUUGGCAUUCAAAAAUCAAGGAAAUUUGAUUGCUCAUGUUGCUUCCGCUACCACCUCAUCUGAUGGAUCAGUUGCUAUUUCUUCGGAUGAAUAUGCCAAAUUUAUUUGCUACCAAGAAUCUCUAAAGCAUUCAUCCGUCCCUAUCUCGGUAGCCGCGAAUUCAGGAUCUGUUAACGAAGCAGACUAUUGGUAAAGGACAUGAGUCAGCUGGUCUUUAUAUUUUGGAUACAUCAAUCACAAAAGGUAUCUCUUGUCUUGGGGUUGGGACUUUGUUAGAUGCUCAUUACCGAUUAGGACAUCCAUCUCUCCCAUUAAUGAAGCAAAUAAAUCCCCAAUUUAAUAAGAUGACCUCUUUACAAUGUGAGUCAUGUCAAUUUGCGAAACACCAUCGUACUAGCUUGAGCCCUCGAGUUAAUAAACGAGCAAAUGCUCCAUUUGACCUUGUUCACUCUGAUGUUUGGGGUGCUUGCCCGGUUGUGUCUAAAGCUGGUUUUAAAUAUUUUGUUACCUUUGUUGAUGACUAUUCUCGUAUGACAUGGUUGUAUUUCAUGAAACGUCGAUCUGAGUUGUUCACUCAUUUUUCUUCCUUUUAUGCUGAAAUUAAAACUCAGUUUAACGUUCCUGUUCGGGUGUUAAGAGGAGACAAUGCCCAAGAAUAUCUAUCUGCUACAUUUAAGUCAUUUAUGCUUCAACAUGGCAUUAUUCAUCAAACUUCAUGCGUUGACACACCUCCUCAAAAUGGAGUUGCAGAACGAAAGAACCGACAUCUGUUAGAAACUGCAAGGGCUCUUCUAUUCCAAAUGAAUGUGCCUAAACAGUUUUGGGCAGAUGCCGUGUCUACUGCAUGUUUUUUGAUAAAUCGAAUGCCAUCUUCUGUUUUGAAUGGUAAAGCUCCUUAUCAUUGUCUAUUUCCAAACAAAGAGCUUUUUCCUAUCCCACCUAAAAUAUUUGGUUGCACUUGUUUUGUUAGAGAUGUUAAUCCUCAUCUUACAAAGUUAGAUCCCAAAUCAUUAAAAUGUAUUUUCUUGGGAUAUUCUCGAGUCCAAAAGGGGUAUAGAUGUUUUUGUCCGAGUACUGGUCGGUAUCUUGUUUCUAUUGAUGCAUCAUUUCAUGAAAAUACACCUUUUUCAUCAUCUAAGGCAGAUAUUCAUGAGAGCAAUGAUGAUAUACUCAUUUACACGAUGACUAUUCCCGAGUCCACACUUUCGACAAAUAUUCCACAAGUUACUGUUCCUGACCCUAGGCCUCCCGUACAUUUGGUAUACACCCGUCGACACAAAGCACCUGAUCACCCUCCACCGGCGAUACCUGUGAUUACUUAUCCUGAUACUAGUUCGACUCCGAUCUCAUGUCCUGAACCAGUACCUGCAUCCUCAGAUCUUGUCUCCACAUCAGAUCUUGACCUCCCAAUCGCACUACGUAAAGGUACACGGUCUUGUACUCAUCCUAUUUCUUCAUUUGUGUCGUACAAUCAGUUAUCUCCUGCUUCAUGUUCUUUUAUUGCUUCCAUUGAUUCUAUUUCUGUUCCCAAAUCUGUAAAAGAAGCUUUGUCUCAUCCUGAAUGGCGUCAUGCCAUGGUAGAGGAAAUGAAUGCUUUAGAUCUUAAUGGUACUUGGGAUUUGGUUGACUUGCCUACAGGGAAGAAAUCUAUUGGAUGUAAGUGGGUCUUUGCUAUUAAGGUUAACCCAGACGGAUCUGUUGCUCGGUUGAAAGCCCGAUUAGUUGCGAAGGGUUAUGCUCAAACCUAUGGUGUUGAUUAUUCUGACACUUUUUCUCCUGUUGCUAAAUUAACAUCUGUCAGGUUACUUAUUUCACUCGCUGCAACUCAUGAUUGGCACUUACAUCAGUUGGACAUUAAAAAUGCAUUUUUGCAUGGUGACCUUAAGGAAGAAGUCUAUAUUGAGCAACCUCCGGGAUUUGUUGCUCAGGGGGAGUAUGGUAAAGUUUGUCGACUUCGCAAAUCUCUUUAUGGUCUGAAACAGAGUCCUCGUGCAUGGUUUGGGAAAUUCAGUCAAUCAAUUGAACAAUUUGGAAUGAUAAAAGGCAAAUCAGAUCACUCUGUCUUUUACAAACAAACAGAAUCAGGUGUCACGUUGCUUGUGGUGUAUGUUGAUGAUAUUGUGAUUACAGGGAGUGAUAAUGCAGGUAUUUUGGCCCUUAAGAAUUUUCUGCAUAGUCAAUUCCAGACGAAGGAUCUUGGCUCUUUGAAAUACUUUCUGGGAAUUGAGGUAAAUUAGGGGCAAAACCAAGUACAACACCGAUGGUUCCCAACGUGCAACUCACUCAAGAAGGCACACCGUUUGAAGACCCAGAAAGAUAUAGAAGACUGGUUGGAAAGCUUAAUUAUCUCGCAGUCACUCGUCCAGAUAUUGCCUAUUCUGUGAGUGUAGUGAGUCAAUACAUGUCAUCUCCAACCAUUGAUCAUUGGGCUGCAGUAGAACACAUAUUAUGUUACUUAAAGGGUGCACCAGGACGAGGUAUUGUUUAUCAAAACCAUGAUCACAUGAGAAUAGAAUGUUUUGCAGAUGCUGAUUGGGCCGGUUCUAAAGAUGAUCGAAGAUCUACAUCUGGUUAUUGUAUCUUUGUUGGUGGUAAUCUUGUAUCUUGGAAGAGUAAGAAGCAUAAUGUGGUUUCUCGUUCGAGUGCCGAAUCAGAAUAUCGAGCUAUGGCACAAUCUGCAUGUGAGAUCAUAUGGAUAAGCCAUUUAUUGACCGAGCUCGGACUGAAGACAUCAAUGCCUGCUAAAUUGUGGUGUGAUAACCAAGCUGCUAUACACAUAGCAAACAAUCCUGUAUUUCAUGAGAGAACAAAACAUAUUGAGGUCGAUUGUCAUUUUAUUCGAGAGAAGAUACAAAAAGGAUUGAUCUCUACAGGAUAUGUGAAGACUGGGGAACAACUUGGAGAUCUGUUCACUAAAGCACUAAAUGGAAUUCGAGUUGGUUAUUUAUGUAACAAGUUGGGCAUGAUAAAUAUCUAUGCUCCAACUUGAGGGGGAGUGUGAAAGUAUAUUAAAAUAUACUUUAGAAUAUGCUUUAGAAUAUAUUAGGAAUAUACCAUAUAUAGUAUUAUUGUAUAGCAUCUUGUAUAGGAAUAUUCUAUCUUUGUAAUCUAUAUUUAUAGGGCCUUACCCUUCAAUGAAAUAUACAGAAAA